GGACCAGCACUGCUAUGCCGUGGAAGCAGCCACCAAACCUCACGGAACAUGUUUCUGCUGAUGUUCAUGCUCAUGCUCAUUAUCAUCUCUGUAGAUGGAUCGAGCAGGUCCUCCUGGCUGCUUUCAAAAAACGGGCAUCCGCCGCGCAAGCUGUAAACGGGACUUGCCUCCUUUACGCGCCGCUCAUGAAAAUACAGGCGAGCUGAAGAGGACCGCUCCGAAUACGAGCACUACGUCUACUCAAGCGCGCGAGGAGGAGGAGGAGCAGGAGGAGGAGGAGGAGGAGGAGGAGGAGGGCUCCGCGGGACGCGGGCCUCGGAGGACGCCAGCGAGCACGCCGACACCCGGGGGCUUGGCAGGGCCCACCCUGCGCGGCGCAUCGGCGCGCACGCCCUGGCAGGCGGGGCCGGGACGGCGUACAGGCAAAGUCCAUCGCAGGGGUGCAGGGGGCGAGGUCCGCCGAGCGGCGCGGUCACUCGAGCUCCGCGAGCUCCGGCACCGCGCACUCCUCUGCCGCCGCCUGGACCCUACGGCCUGCUCGACCAGGUCCGAGAUGAUCUUCCCGGCGACCACGGUAAGCGCCGCGCCCGCGGCGUAGGCGUACGGCGGGACGUCGAUGCCGUCGCCGACGGCGGCCGAGAGGUACGAGAGGCCCGCGAGCCACGGGCUGUAGCCCAGGACCGUGGCCGCCAGGUAGUCGACGGCGCCGACGCGGCUCAGGCCCAGGGCGUAGCAGGAGGCCGCGGGGCACGGGACCAGCGGGGAGAGGCGCAGGAGAAGGAUGAUCUUGAAGCCCUCGCACUCGACGGCCGUGUUGACCUCUUCUCCAGGUCCGGGCUGCCCGCCACCAGGGCCUCGGCCUGCCGCCGCAGCAGCGUGCGCGACAGCAGGAACGUGGCCCCGGCCGACAGGGCCACGGACAGCACCGGACCACGAAGCCCAGUGAGGCCCCGAACAGGAACCCGGAGCACAGCAUCAGCGGCGUCACCGGCAACAGCAGCAGGGCGCUGAGGGAGAACGCGGCGCAGAAGUAGGCCACGCCAAGCGGGCCCACCUUUCCCCGACAGCAUCCGGCGUGGGAGCCUGGGAAGAGCACGAACACCUCCGGCACCGACCGCAGCGCAGUCCGCCGUCGGCGGGCGCGCGCCCGCAGGCCGCCGCGGACGCCGCCCGCGCGGGCGCC